GUAAAAGUGAAUAGUAAAAAAUAUUAACGACAUUCCAAAACAAAAAAUAACAUUCAUUGACAAUACUUGACACAUUUGAAACCGGCAACCGUUUGUGUUUACAAAUAUAACAAGAAUAUUUCACCGAGCGUUUUGCUAUUAACUUUUUAAAACCCUUUAGGUCUUCUCUGUGAUAGUGUUAGAUGACUACUUUAGGAUUUUCUAAAAGAGCAGCCUUCUCUAUAAAGACACUAUCAAGAGGGGUUAGUUAUGAAACAACAAGACCCAAUUUAUCUAUUAACAAAAAUACAAAGGUUAUCUGCCAAGGAUUUACAGGAAAGCAAGGUACAUUUCACUGUCAACAAGCUAUAAGUUAUGGAACCAAAAUAGUUGGAGGUGUUUCACCUAACAAAGGCGGAAGUGUUCAUCUUGGAAGACCAGUCUUCAAUAGUGUAAAAGAGGCUAAAGAAAACACAAAAUGUGAUGCUAGCGUUAUAUAUGUACCGCCACCUGGAGCAGCAGCUGCAAUUAUAGAAGCAAUAGAAGCAGAAGUUGGAUUAAUUGUUUGCAUAACAGAAGGAAUUCCUCAGCAAGAUAUGGUGAAAGUUAAGCAUGUCCUUGAACGUCAAAGUGUUAGUAGACUGUUAGGUCCAAACUGCCCUGGAAUCAUAAAGCCUGGAGAAUGUAAAAUUGGAAUUAUGCCUGGACAUAUUCACAAACCUGGUUGCAUUGGCAUUGUGUCCAGAUCUGGAACAUUAACAUAUGAAGCAGUUCAUCAAACAAGUACUGUUGGACUUGGUCAAUCUCUUUGUGUUGGCAUUGGCGGUGACCCUUUCAAUGGUACUAAUUUCAUUGAUUGUUUAGAAGUAUUUUUAAAAGAUCCAGAGACAAAAGGAAUGAUAAUGAUUGGUGAGAUUGGUGGUGCAGCAGAGGAGAGAGCUGCUGAAUAUUUGCUCAAAUACAAUAGUGGACCAAAUAAAAAACCAAUUGUUGGAUUUAUUGCUGGACUUACUGCUCCACCUGGUCGUAGAAUGGGUCAUGCAGGAGCAAUCAUUUCAGGUGGUAAAGGUGGUGCUGAAGAUAAGAUCAAAGCUUUAGAGGAAGCCGGAGUAACUGUUACCAGAUCUCCUGCCCAAAUGGGUACUACUUUGAGAACGGUAUUUGACGAUCACUACAUUGGUUCUUCUACUCAUGUCAACUAGUUUGUUUUAAAUAUAACUCAAUUAAAUUUA